GCAAUCAUUCCACAUACGUAUCAUACCUUCUUUCCCAAUUCCCACCCACCGCAGCUACAUAAACCCACCUCACACUCCCCUCCCUGACCACGCCCGCCAUGGCCAGACCAGUCAUCUUCUUCCUUCUCCUCCUCCUCCUCUCCAUAGCCUGGGCUGCCGCAGAGCGAGCAUCCUACAUCGUUCACAUGGCAAAAACACAAAUGCCGCCGCGCUUCACCGAACACUCCCACUGGUACGACGCCUCGCUCCGCUCCAUAUCAGACUCCGCCGAUCUGCUCUACACCUACGACACCGUCGCCCAUGGAUUCUCGGCCCUGCUCACCCCUGCUGAGGCCCGAAUCCUAGCUCGACACCCCGGCGUUCUUUCCGUCCUACCGGACACCCCUUACUAUCUUCACACCACCCGCACCCCGGAGUUUCUCGGCCUAGAUCUCCCUGCUGAGCUCGUCCCGGAAUCGUCCACCAUCGCCGACGUCGUUAUUGGGGUCCUCGAUACCGGCGUCUGGCCGGAGCGCAACAGCUUCGACGACAACGGCUUAGGUCCGGUCCCUGCCUUCUGGAAAGGGGAGUGCGUCGCUGCGAAGGACUUCGAUCCGACUAAGGCCUGCAAUCGCAAGCUCAUUGGCGCGAGAUUCUUCUCCAAGGGAUAUGAAUCCAGUAUGGGACCAAUCGACGAGAGCCAUGAGUCGAGAUCCCCACGCGAUGCUGAUGGCCAUGGUACCCACACUUCCACAACCGCUGCCGGCUCUGCAGUCACCAACGCAAGUCUCCUCGGCUACGCCGAGGGUACAGCGCGGGGCAUGGCUCUACGCGCGCGAAUCUCAGUGUAUAAGGUCUGCUGGGCCGGAGGCUGCUUCAGUUCCGACAUCCUCGCGGCAAUGGAUGCAGCCGUGAAUGAUGGCUGCCAUGUACUAUCCCUUUCACUCGGCGGCGGAGCCGCUGAUUAUUACCGCGAUAGUGUCGCCAUCGGUGCGUUCAACGCAAUGGAGAAAGGGGUUCUCGUCUCCUGUUCGGCCGGAAACGCCGGCCCGGGAACCGCCACGCUGUCAAAUCUCGCGCCUUGGAUCACAACCGUUGGAGCAGGGACACUCGAUCGGGAUUUCCCGGCCUACGUCGUGCUCGGCAACGGGAAGAAUUAUACGGGGGUUUCGCUUUACAGCGGGAAGCUCCUUCCGUCGACUCCGAUCGCCUUAGUCUACGCAGGCAACGCGACGAACUCGAGUAAUGGAAACCUCUGCAUGCCGGGAACACUCCUGCCGGAAAAAGUUGCUGGGAAAGUAGUCCUCUGUGAGAGAGGCAUCAAUGCUAGGGUUCAGAAGGGCAUGGUAGUGAAAGACGCCGGCGGUGCUGGCAUGAUCUUGGCGAACACCGCCACGAACAGCGAGGAACUCGUAGCCGAUGCUCAUCUGCUUCCUGCAACUUUGAUUGGUGAAAAAGCCGGAAACGCGGUCAAGGCGUACUCCAUCUCCGAUCCCAACCCCACCGCCACCAUCAUCUUUGGAGGUACUAAGGUUGGUGUCAGCCCAUCGCCGGUGGUUGCCGCGUUCUCUUCUCGUGGACCAAACUCGGUAACGCCGGAGAUAUUAAAGCCCGAUCUGAUUGCCCCCGGUGUCAACAUUCUCGCCGGAUGGACCGGCGCCGUCGGCCCUACUGGACUUCCGACUGAUUCGCGGCGGGUGGAGUUCAAUAUCAUCUCCGGCACGUCGAUGUCGUGCCCGCAUGUUAGCGGCCUCGCGGCGCUUCUCAAGGAGGAGCAUCCGGAUUGGAGCCCGGCGGCGAUAAAAUCAGCGCUGAUGACUACCGCCUACGUGAAAUACCAAAAUGGCGACGGUAUCCUGGACGUUGCCACCGGCCAGGAAGCUACGCCGUUCGACCUUGGAGCCGGCCAUGUGGAUCCAAGAAAGGCGAUGGAUCCUGGGCUUGUCUAUGACCUAACUGCACAGGACUACCUCGAAUUCCUCUGUGCGCUUAACUACACCUCACUUCAGAUCGCUGCAAUGUCGAAGGAUCGGAACUUCUCGUGCGACAGCCGGAAGAACUACGCAGUGUCGAAGCUCAAUUACCCUUCGUUCUCGGUGGCCUUCGCAACGGCGAUUGCAAGUGCCGACGAGAGUGCGUCGGCAACAGUGACGCAUGAGAGGACGGUGACGAAUGUGGGAUCUUCGGCGACUUAUAAGGCGACAGCGACGGCGAAGGUUGACGGCGGGGAGGUUAAAAUUGCGGUGGAGCCGGCGGUGUUGAGUUUUACAGAGACGGGGGAGAAGAAGAGCUACAUAGUGAAGUUCACAGCGCCGUCACUGCCGUCUGGCUCGUCGGGGUUAGGCAGGUUAGAGUGGUCCGACGGGAAGCACACCGUUGCCAGCGCGAUUGCUUUCACUUGGACCUAAAAGGAGCCUGCAAUGUAAGAUAAUAAUAAUAUCAAAAUGUUAAAAGAAAAAAAAAAAAGAAGAAAAGGUAAUGGCUCUAACCCUGCAAAUGCUGCCCUUGUGGCUUCAUUGGUCCAUGUAAAAGCGAAGGUUAGAAUGUGCAAGUUGUAUUUGAUUUGAUAAAAGCAGUGCGCAAUUUUUUUUUUUUUUU